AUGGUAAAUAAUGAUCCUCACAUUAUGGUGUCAUUUUAGAAAAGCAACUAUUAUUAAAUAAAACUAAAUUUAGAAUAUAUCAAAACCUUCAUUUCUGAGGAGUUUAAUUUCUAAUUUGAUAUAAAUAUGUCUUUAAAUAAUCUGAAAUAUGAGAAUAUUUUUUGGAAUAAGGAAAUAAGAUUUGAAAUGAAGAUUUGUUUUAUGUAAAUAGCCACUAGGAAAACAAGUAGUUAAGUUUGAGUUUAAAGUUAGAUUAGAAUAAUUUGAAUGGUUUUACUUGA